CUUGCCGUAGUUGUCAGUGCGGACCGCCACUGCUCCUCGGGACUGAAUGAAAGAAGAUGUUUGUGUUCCUGUGGCGGUAAUAAGGCGUCUUUAAAACAACAUGUCUCUCAAUGGAGGAGGUAGCAGAGGGUUCUACUUCAACACCGUGUUGUCUCUGGCUCGGUCGUUGGCGGCUCACCGGCAGGCUCCGAUAGAAAAGGUGCAGAAGCUACAAUGCAUGUGCCCUGUGGACUUCAGAGGAGUCUUCCAGCUGGACGAGAGGAGGAGAGACGCCGUCAUCGCUCUGGGCAUCUUCCUGGUUGAGUCAGACCUGCAGCACAAAGAUGCUAUCGUCCCGUACCUUCUCGGGUUGCUUAAAGGGCUUCCUAAGGUUCAGUGGAUUGAAGAAAGCUCAGAACGCAAAGGAAGAGAGACACUUCCUGUCGCAGAGAUCUUCACCUUUGGUCUCGUAACUCUCCUCUCAGACGUUGCCCAACGGGAUGAGACCUUACGAGGACAGAUCCUGGAGGCGGUCAUGGACAUCAUGCAAGUCCUGCAAGACAUCUGCAAGAAUCCAGAGACUCAUGAUAAAGAAAACCUGUGCAGGUACACUGUGCCCACCUUGCUCGGUGUUGCCCGAGCGUUUGGCCGAUACAGCAACACCGACGAGCCGUUACUGUCCAAGCUGUUCCCUCGACCGGUGACUCCGGCGCCGCCUUCGGCCGAUGACAGCGACGCGACGCACCGCCGGUCCUUCAAUGACUUCCGCUCCAUCCUGCCGAGCUCUUUGCUCACCGUGUAUCAGGGAGACACUCUGAGACGGAAAGGCUCCAGUCAACAGGCCAGUCCAGAGAGAGCCUGUCUGACCCCCAUCUCACCUGCUGACCCCUCCGCACAGUACUUUGAAGGCUCGUACCUCCCCGAUGGCAGCGCGGUGGAUCCCAACUACUACUUCUCCACCAUCAGCUCCAGCUUCUCCGUCUCCCCUCUUUUCACCGGCAGCAGCGCUGGAGAGUUUCACGUCCCUCUGGAUAUGCUCAGACAGCUCCUCCACAUGGUGGAACAGUUUGUGUCCGAGUCGUUUUUGAAAUCACUGGAUGAAUCUCUGGCAGAACUUCUAGAGUUGAAUCCUAGUCUUCAUCUCUACUACAAAACCUUCAGUGAUCCUCUGUACGUAGCCAUAUUUAAGAUGCUAAGAGACACUCUGUACAAUCUAAAAGACCUCCAGACGGACUACGUGAAGGAGGUCCACGACUUCGUGCUGGAGCAGUUCAGCAGCAGCCAGUCGGAGCUGCAGAGGAUCCUGCACGACGUCGAGUACCUGCAGAGCGAACUGAGCCCGCUCAAGCUGCGCUGCCAGGCCAACGCCGCCUGUGUGGACCUCAUGGUGUGGGCCGUGACCGAGGAGCAGGGAGCUGAGAACCUCUGCACCAAACUGUCAGAGAAGCUGCAGUCCAAGACGUCCAGUAAAGUCAUCAUCGCUCACAUGCCGCUCCUCAUCUGCUGCUUACAGGGCCUGGGUCGUCUGUGUGAGCGCUUCCCCGUGGUGGCUCACUCUGUCACCACGUCACUGAGAGACUUCUUGGUGGUGCCGUCUCCUGUUCUGGUGAAGCUGUACAAAUACCACAGCCAGUACGCUUCAGGGGGCGGUGAGAUAAAGAUCCAUGUGACCAACGAACAUUCCCAGUCAACCCUCAGUACCAAUGCGAGCAAGAAGAGCCAGCCGUCCAUGUACGAACAGCUGAGGGACAUCUCCAUCGAUAACAUCUGCAGGUGCCUGAAAGCCGGACUGACUAUGGACAACGUGAUUGUCGAAGCGUUCCUCGCCAGUCUGUCUAACCGUCUCUACAUCUAUCAGGAAAACGACAAAGAUGCUCACCUGAUCCCGGACCACACCAUCAGGGCUUUGGGUCACAUCGCUGUGGCCUUACGGGACACCCCCAGAGUGAUGGAGCCCAUCCUCCAGAUCCUCCAGCAGAAGUUCUGCCAGCCUCCCUCCCAGCUGGACGUCCUCAUCGUAGACCAGCUGGGCUGCAUGGUCAUCACGGGCAAUCAAUACAUCUACCAGGAGGUGUGGAAUUUAUUCCAGCAGAUCAGUGUGAAAGCCAGCUCCAUGGUCUACUCUAACAAAGACUACAAGGACCAUGGAUACAGACACUGCUCCUUGGCUGUGAUAAAUGCUCUGGGUAACAUAGCAGCGAACCUGCAGGCUGAGCAGAUGGUCGACGAGCUGCUGGUCAACCUGCUGGAGCUUUUUGUCCAGCUGGGUUUGGAGGGGAAGAGAGCCAGCGAGAGAGCUCCAGACAAAGGCCCGGCUCUGAAGGCGUCGAGCAGUGCUGGAAACCUCGGCGUCCUAGUUCCAGUUAUUGCUGUGCUGACGAAGAGGUUGCCACCGAUUAAGGAAGCGAAGCCACGUCUGCAGAAGCUCUUCAGGGACUUCUGGCUCUACUCUGUGGUCAUGGGAUUUGCUGUGGAGGGCUCGGGUCUGUGGCCGGAGGAAUGGUACGAGGGAGUUUGUGAGAUUGCGACCAAAUCGCCGCUGCUCACGUUUCCCAGCGGGGAACCUUUACGCUCAGAGCUGCAGUACAACUCGGCGCUGAAGAACGACACCGUCACUGCGGCGGAGCUGAACGAUCUGCGUAGCACCAUCAUCAACCUGCUGGAUCCUCCUCCGGAAGUGUCUGCCCUCAUCAACAAGCUGGACUUUGCCAUGUCCACAUAUUUGCUGUCUGUCUACAGAUUGGAGUACAUGAGGAUGCUGCGCGCUCUGGACUCAGACCGCUUUCAGGUCAUGUUCCGAUACUCUGAAGACAGAGCGAUACAGAAGGAUAAGUCUGGCAUGAUGCAGUGUGUGAUUGCCGUUAGCGACAAGGUUUUUGAGGUCUUCCUGCAUAUGAUGGCUGAAAAGCCCAAAACCAAAGCCCAUGAGGAGGAGCUGGAGCGCCACGCUCAGUUCCUUUUGGUCAACUUCAACCACAUCCACAAGAGGAUCCGCAGAGUAGCUGACAAAUACUUAUCUGGCCUGGCUGAAACUUUCCCCCACUUGUUGUGGAGCGGCCGUGUGCUGAGGACCAUGCUGGACAUCCUGCAGACGCUUUCCCUCUCACUCAGUGCAGACAUUCAUAAAGACCAACCUUACUACGACAUUCCAGACACGCCGCACAGAAUCACCGUCCCAGAUACGUAUGAAGCCAGAGAGAGCAUAGUAAAGGAUUUUGCUGCACGUUGUGGGGAGAUCCUUAAAGAGGCUAUGAAGUGGGCGCCGUCCGUGACCAAAUCCCACCUCCAGGAGUAUCUGAACAAACAUCAGAACUGGGUGUCGGGUCUCUCGCAGCACACCGGUCUGGCCAUGGCCACAGAAAGCAUCCUGCACUUCGCCGGUUACAACAGACAGAGCAUAACACUGGGGUCCACUCAGCUGACUGAGAGGCCCGCCUGUGUGAAGAAGGACUACUCUAACUUCAUGGCCUCCCUCAACCUCAGGAACAGAUACGCUGGAGAGGUGUCGGGUAUGAUCCACUUCGCCCAGAUGGUUAAAGGACACUCCGAUCUGAGCCGGCUGAUGAUCAAGCAGAUGGGGGAGGCUUUAGACUCGGCCCAGCCGGAGGCCUUGACGGAGGCCAUGUUCAAACUGGCCGCCUUGCUAAUCAGCAGCAAAGACUGCGAUCCUCAGCUCCUGCACCACCUCUGCUGGUCUCCUCUCAAGAUGUUCACGGCCCACGGCAUGGAGACGGCCAUCGCCUGCUGGGAGUGGCUGCUGGCAGCCCGUGUUGGAGUGGAAGUACCGUUCAUGCGUGAGAUGGCGGGAGCGUGGCAGAUGACCGUGGAGCUUAAGAUGGGCUUGUUCUCCGACGCCAAGGUGGAGGCCGAUCCUCUGGCUGCAUCGGAGGAGAGCCAGCCGAUCCCCUGCCCUCCAGACGUCACCCCUCACCAAAUAUGGAUCGAGUUUCUUGGCCAGCGGUUUGAGAUAGCGAAGUAUUCCAGCGCAGAUCAAGUGGAGAUCUUCGGCAGUUUGCUGCAGCGGUCACUGUCUCUCAACGUCGGAGGAGCGAAGAGUAGCCUGAACCGCCACGUAGCUGCCAUCGGCCCUCGAUUCAGGCUGCUGACUCUGGGUCUGUCUCUGCUGCACUCUGACGUCCUCACCAAUUCAACUGUGAGAAAUGUGCUCCGAGAGAAGAUUUAUUCUACAGCCUUUGAUUACUUCAGCGCUCCUCCAAAGUUUCCCACCCAAGGUGACAAGUUUCUCCGCGAGGACAUCAGCGUCAUAAUCCGUUUCUACGCCAGCAUCCUGUCCGACAAGAAGUACCUGGCAGCGUGCCACCUGGUCCCACCCGGUGAGCUUGGUACUACCCCGGCCCCGAGCACGCUCUCUGCCGGGAUAUUCGGAUCGCUUAUCGUGUCCAGCACUUCUCCGAUUUCUCUCUUAAACAACCAGGACCCGUCCCUGCACAGUCUGUCGGUGAUGAACGCCGCCGACCUCCGGAGCAACACGGACUCCAGUGUUCGCUCCCAGCAGAGCGGCCAGGGAUGGAUCAACACCUACCCGCUGUCCAGCGGCAUGUCCACCACGUCCAAGAAGUCAGGGACGUCUAAGAAGAGUAACAGAGGAACGCAGCUCCACAAGUACUACAUGAAACGCAGGACUCUGCUCCUGGCCUUACUGGCCAGUGAGAUUGAGCGCUUGACGACGUGGUACAACCCGCUCUCCACUCAGGAGCUGGCCAUCUCCACGGAGCAAUCGGUGGAGACCAGCAUCGCCAACUGGAGGUCCAAAUACAUCAGUCUGACGGAGAAGCAGUGGAAGGACAACGUCAACCUGGCCUGGGGCAUCGCGCCCUACCUGGCUAUGCAGCUACCAACCAGGUUCAAGAAUGACGCCAUUGUUGCUGAAGUGACCCGGCUGGUGAGGUUGGACCCCGGAGCCGUCAGUGAUGUACCGGAGGCCGUCAAGUUCCUGGUGACAUGGCACACCAUCGACGCCGACUCUCCCGAGCUGAGCCACAUCCUGUGUUGGGCUCCGGCGGACCCCCCCACCGGUCUGUCCUACUUCAGCAGCAUGUACCCUCCUCACCCUCUCACCGCUCAGUACGGGGUUAAAGUGCUGCGCUCCUUUCCCCCGGACGCCAUCUUGUUCUACAUUCCUCAGAUCGUUCAGGCUCUCCGUUACGAUAAGAUGGGUUACGUGAGGGAGUACAUCCUGUGGGCGGCCCAGAAGUCUCAGCUUCUCGCCCACCAGUUCAUCUGGAACAUGAAGACCAACAUCUUCAUGGACGAGGAGGGACACCAGAAAGACCCCGACAUCGGGGAGCUGCUGGAGCAGAUGGUAGAGGAGAUCACGGGUUCUCUGUCGGGUCCGGCCAAAGACUUCUACCAGAGAGAGUUCGACUUCUUCAACAAGAUCACCAACGUGUCGGCCAUCCUCAAGCCGGUUCCAAAGGGAGAGGAGAGGAAGAGAGCGUGUCUCAAAGCUCUGUCGGACAUCAAAGUCCAGCCAGGCUGUUACUUACCAAGUAACCCUGAAGCCAUCGUGCUGGACAUCGACUACAAGUCUGGAACACCCAUGCAGAGUGCCGCCAAGGCGCCCUACCUGGCCAAGUUCAAGGUGAAGCGCUGUGGGGUGAGUGAGCUGGAGAGGGAGGGUCUCCGCUGCCCGGAGGACUCUCUGGAGGACGGAGAGGACAACCCGGACGGAUCGCGCAGGAUUUGCUGGCAGGCGGCCAUCUUUAAAGUGGGAGAUGACUGCAGACAGGACAUGCUCGCUCUGCAGAUCAUUGGGCUCUUUAAGAAUAUUUUCCAGCUGGUCGGCCUGGACCUGUUCGUCUUCCCCUACAGAGUGGUGGCCACCGCACCGGGGUGUGGCGUGAUCGAGUGCAUCCCCGACUGUAAGUCCAGAGACCAACUCGGCCGACAGACGGACUUCGGGAUGUACGAUUACUUCCGCAACCAGUACGGCGACGAAUCCACGCUCGCCUUCCAGAAGGCUCGGUAUAACUUCAUCCGCAGCAUGGCCGCCUACAGCCUCCUGCUGUUCCUGCUGCAGAUCAAAGACAGACACAACGGCAACAUCAUGCUGGACAGCAAGGGACACCUCAUCCACAUAGACUUUGGCUUCAUGUUCGAGAGCUCUCCUGGAGGAAACCUGGGCUGGGAGCCGGACAUCAAGCUGACCGACGAGAUGGUGAUGAUCAUGGGAGGCAAGAUGGAGGCCACGCCGUUCAAGUGGUUCAUGGAGAUGUGCGUCAGAGGAUAUCUGGCUGUACGACCGUACAUGGACGCCGUGGUUUCUCUAGUGACCCUCAUGCUGGACACUGGACUGCCGUGCUUCAGAGGACAAACCAUCAAACUCCUCAAAGGACGGUUUAAUCCUCAAAUGAGUGAGAAAGAAGCUGCAGCGUUCAUCAUCAAAGUCAUCCAAAGCUGUUUCCUCAGCAGCAGGAGCAAAACGUACGACAUGCUGCAGUACUACCAGAACCAAAUACCCUACUGAGGAGUCUCCUGCUGGACCUCCGCUGUACGUCGAAGACCAACGCCGCCACACAAAGCAAUGCAAAACCUUCUCCUUGUGUUUUUUAAUGAUUUUAAGGAGGCGGUGGAUGAGCUUGACUCAACGUGGCACUUUGAUCCUAAUGCUCCACUUUUAUUCAGCGUGACUGUACGUUGUCUGGUUUUAUAAUGCACCUCUGCGUUUCAAAAAGUCUUUAAUUAACUCGAGAGUGGAGAACAAUGUGCGACUUUUAACCAAAAGAGGUAUUUGAAUCACCCUUUAAGUGUUUCCUUCUUGAUGCUGUUUGUUACUAACACUAGCUGUCACAGGAGAGGGCGGUAAGGGAGCCGUAUUCACUAUGUUUGUCAAAGCAGCUGUUAUCAUCGUCAUCGUUUUGUUACGACGCUGUUAUCCACUUUUAUGCACUUUAUAGGUCGCAGUAUUUCAUCGGCUUCUCCUGCCUUCGAUCGCAAACUCAAACUGAGAUUAUGAAUUAGAUAUCAUGGAUGAGAACAAUCUGAAAUUCAAUCAGCUGAUCAAUAGAAUGGCAGUGUUUCUUUCUGAGUUCGUAGAACAAAAGCUGAUAGAUUGAUCAGAAGUCAAUCAUUUAAUCUAACGAUAGUGUUUAGGAAUGUCACGUGUUUAGAGAUUCACAUGUAACUACGCUGUAGAAUAUUUACUGUAGAAUCACAUCAACAUCGCAGGUAUUUUACUGUGAUUUACACUGAACUUGUAGAGCUAAAUGUGAAGAACAUAAUCAGAAGAUUUUAAUAAUAAUCCUCAAAGCCGGUCAUGUCAGCUUUUAGCUUUAACUUGUUUGUUUAGAGGUUGUUGUUUUUUAUCACUACAGGAACUUAGCCACCCGCAACCGGAGCUUUAGAGGAUCUGAAGAGCUUUGGUGCGAGAUUCUGUCUUUUGUUUCCACAGUAGAGUCAAACGGACCAUAAAGCAGGGGAUGCUUUAGGGCGGGACUACACGGUGA